UUUGGCAGCAAAACAAUCUUCCUGUCAUUUCAGCUCAUCUUGCCUCACGUUGUCCGAUUUGUCUUGUGUUCAGAGCUACAUGUGCAUGGUGUACCAACGUGCUGGAUCAGUAGAUGCUCAUGAUCUUUUAGUGGAUUGUUUAUAAAUCUCGUGCCAGGGAAGCCAGCUUGGUUACCUCGAGCAGGUGUGCAUCCCUUUGAAAGCGUCAUGUCUUCCAGUGGAAGAACAAUGAUCGUUCUUGGCUCUGGUGGCCACACAAAGGAGAUGGUGGCACUACUGCCGCACAUCGCAGGCAAACACCGUGUGUUUGUUGUCGCCAGCAGUGACGCUAUGAGCUGCAAGAAGGUGCUGGAGCAGCCCGACGACCUGUUUGUGAAGAUACCUCGGGCCAGAGAGGUUCGCCAGAGCUGGCUGACGUCAGUGGUGACAACCAUGUUCGCUCUCGCCUAUGCCGUGGCUAUGGUCUUUUGGUUGAAGCCAACGCAGCUGUUGUGUAAUGGCCCUGGAACAUGCGUCCCUCUGUGCAUAGCAGCGUACAUAUUUAACGUUCUGGGGUGGCAGCAAUGUCGCAUCAUCUACAUAGAGAGCAUCUGCCGUGUGGACACGCUCUCGUUAUCAGCACGGAUCCUCAGGCCUUUACCGUUUGCGGAAAUUCUGGUUCAGUGGCCACAACUACAAGCUCAGUACCCGGACACUUUAUAUCUUGGCAGACUAUCUUGAGAUGACCUGAGUUCUAGCACACCUUUUAAAUAAUAUUUCUAGAAAUCAGAAUGCUAAUAAUGCCAAGAUCGCAAGCAAGGCGAUCUGUAGGCUCGUGACUUGCAUACACAGCACACGAAACAAGCCCUUGAAUGAUUUUGGCAGGAUCAGCCGUACAUAAAAUCAUGUCAUGUCAAUCUGUAAAUUAUUCAUCUCAUGACGGUGAACCUCAUAUUCUCACAGAACAUUCAAAUUAUCACCUUAACUUGUCUAUUACUGUGCUGGCCAGCCAGCUCUGCUGAUGUGCUGUGAAUCAUAAUAUUAUAAGAACACAGACUCCAAAAUAA